AUGGCCACUGAGCUUCCUGAUUUUUUUAUUUACUACCCUACCUUCCAUAUCCUUAUUUGUAAGGAAUGCCAUACUGCUCUUCCUAAGAAUAAGGCUGUGGAACACCUUAGGAAAGACCAUUUGAUGACUCAACAUCAAGUUAUUAACCUUGGCUAUCAGGCUAUCAUUGAGAGGCUUGAUAUCUUCCCUCUUACUAGGUCUCUUCACCAAAUUCAGAAUGACCAGCCAAUUGCUCCCAUUAAGGGAUUGAGCUCUUUUCAAGCUAGGGAAUGUAGUGCUUGUGGUGAGCUCUUUCAAUCCAUGGACAAAGCUAAUCGCCAUAUUACCAAGGCCCAUCAGCACCAGAGAGGUCAUGCUCAGUAUCCUACCAUUAUAGAUACUCUGGCCCAGGCAUUGCAGCCAAAUCGUUACUUUUUCAAAGUGCGGCUUCCAUCUCACCCUCUAGGGGACCAUGCUCCUACUAGGGCAGGCACCUCUAGUCCUUCACCAACCCCUGGCCCAUCUCAGCCACACUAUGCCCACCACGCUAGGGUGGUUGAGUCUAGUGACUCUGACAUUGAGAUGGUCUCUGCCAGGGAUGUCAAUACCUCUCUGAGAGCCCCUUCUGCCUUUGGACCCUCUGCCAGUCUUCCUACCAGGCCUGGUUCUUCGUCGCAGCCUGACUCUGGCAUCACCCCAGAUCUGGUGGAUUCCCUGCUCCGUCAGUACCAGGAAAUCCAGAAGCCCCAGCCAGAGCAAGCCAAGAUCUAUCUGUCUGGGUCUAGGGAUGAGCUCAAUGGAUUUCAGCUCCACACCAGGUAUCCAGAGUUCCUGCAGCAACGCUCCCUCCCAAAGCUAAGAAAUCUCUUCUCUCUAUCCCUAGAGCAUUCUGAUCGAAUCCAUGAUUUCCUGACUGCCUGCACCACCUAUAUAUUCGCCAAAGGCCAGAAGAUCAUCCCUCUCCUUUCUCGCCAUGUUCGAUGCCUUCUCAAUAGUUUUGACAUUGAGCAUGUGACUCUGCGCCCUUUCAAACCCCUCCAGGAGGCAGCCAGUGCCCAGAAAUAUGCCCGCGUGCUUCACAGCUUUCUCGUUUUUCUGUUGGAGAGCUAUCCCUACCAGGUCACUAGGGGGCCUAGGGAUAGGGACCUGAAUCGACUCUAUGCUAUAGAUCACAUGGUCAAGGCGGGGAUUCAGGAGCUCAAGGACCUGCUACUAUCCCCCACCCUAGCGGAAGAGGAUGAGGAGGCACCAAAGGCCUCAGGCCCCUUGCAGGCAGGCAGUGCCCGUGCCUAUAUUGGUGAUGACCUUGAUGGUGAGAAUGAUGAAGAGGAUGAGAUCGAUCUGGCCCUGGACCUAGGGGGGGAUGAUGGUGAGGAAGAUCUUGAGGACUCUGGUGUUCUCGAGAAGCUCGAGCGGCAGGCCUGGCAGGCCACCAGUGGUUUUCAAUUCACUCAGGCGGCAGUGCACGAAGGGGUGGCUCUCAUUGAAAAGCUCCUCAUUGACCUGGUCACCAGGCAUGAGUCAUAUGACAUGAAGGGCCCUAUCUACGCGUUCCUGGCCUGUUUCAGUAUUCACUACCAGGAGGUGACCUUCAAGCGAAUUGACCGCAUCAGCCAGUCCUACUCUGCCGUUAUCUACGCCAUGCAGCUGGUCGCCAUCAACCACCAUUGGACCCCAUGGAUCCGGAGGAUCCUUGAAGCGAAAGAGGAUGGGCAGGACCAAGCGCUGGCUAAUGCGGCCCCAUUUCAUGCUGUCUUCGGCCCCUGGCUGCAGACCUACUUCAAGCACCAGUCUUUGACUUCAGCCAGCGGUGGCAUUCCUAUAUCGGCAUGGGGCCUGAUUUCGACUUUUUGA